UGUUCGAUGUCAGAGCACAUCGAUAGGCUCCCAGCGUGUUGUUGCAGUGUCAUUCUGUUUGAAUGAAGUUCAGAGAAACAACCAACUCCUGAUUCGCGCUCCCCGAAUCGAAACAGGAUAUAUAGAGUUGUUCAAGUUGAAACUUACCAGACAUGCCGGUGUUUACAGUAAACGUGAAAUGGGGCAAAGAGAAGUUCGAUUCAAUAGAGUUGAACACCGAGGAACCACCCAUGGUGUUCAAAGCUCAGCUCUUUGCCCUCACAGGAGUUCAACCAGACAGACAGAAAGUUAUGGUGAAGGGCGGCACUCUGAAGGAUGAUGAGUGGGGAAACAUUAAAUUGAAAAAUGGAAUGACUCUGCUGAUGAUGGGCUCAGCAGAGGCUCUGCCUGAAGAGCCUGCCGUCAGGCCCAUGUUUGCUGAGGAUAUGACUGAAGAGCAGCUGGCCUCAGCGAUGGAACUGCCUUGUGGUCUGACCAACUUGGGCAACACAUGCUACAUGAAUGCCACUGUGCAGUGCCUUCGCUCUGUCCCAGAACUUAAAACUGCCCUCAGAAGGUACACAGGUUCUCUGCGGUCUUCAGGGGCCAAUGCCCCGUCACAGUAUAUAACAGCAGCACUUCGUGACUUGUACGAGACCAUGGACAAGACCUCAUCCAGUCUCCCGCCCAUCAUUUUGCUGCAGUUCCUCCAUAUGGCCUUUCCACAGUUUGCUGAGAAGGGAGACCAGGGGCAGUAUCUCCAGCAGGAUGCAAAUGAGUGCUGGCUGCAGAUGAUGAGAGUUCUUCAGCAGAAGUUAGAGUCAUUAGAGCCAGAGACUCCAAUGGAGACUGACACCGAGAGCGCUGCGGCAUCUGCCUCGUCAAAGAAGAACUUCAUCGACCAGUAUUUUGGUGUGGAAUUCGAAACUUGCAUGAAAUGCACAGAGUCUGAGGAAGAGGAGCCAAUCAAGGGCAAAGAGAAUCAACUCCAGCUCAGCUGCUUCAUCAAUCCAGAGGUCAAAUACCUGGCAACAGGACUCAGGCUGAGACUUCAGGAAGAAAUCACAAAAAACUCUCCGACCUUGGACAGAAAUGCUCAGUAUAUUAAAUCUUCCAAACUCAGCCGUCUGCCGGCCUACCUGACUGUUCAAAUGGUCCGAUUUUAUUACAAAGAGAAGGCCUCAGUCAAUGCUAAAGUCCUCAAGGAUGUCAAGUUCCCGCUCAUGCUGGACGUCUAUGAAUUGUGCACCAAUGAGCUCCAGGAGAAGAUGCUGCCAAUCAGGUCAAAGUUCAAGGAUGUGGAGGACAAGAAGUUGGAGAAGCAGCAGCAGAAGACACUGAAGAAACCAGAUGCAGCCAAAGAGGUGAAGUAUGAGCCCUUCUCCUUUUCUGAAGAUGUUGGUUCUAACAACAGCGGCUACUACGACCUGCAGGCGGUGCUAACACACCAAGGGCGCUCCAGCUCUUCAGGCCAUUACGUAGGAUGGGUGAAAAGGAAAGAAGAUGAAUGGGUCAAGUUUGACGAUGACAAGGUGAGCCUAGUGUCUCCAGAGGACAUCCUGCGACUGUCGGGUGGAGGAGACUGGCAUAUAGCAUAUGUUCUACUCUAUGGCCCCCGGCGGUUAGAAAUACUUGAAGAAGAGCAGUAGUCGAGGCAGAGCUGCCAGAAGACAAAAUCCCACAUGCAUCUAAUUUGCCAUUUCCAAGCACUGUCUGCAUAGAUGUGCAAUAAAACCGGUGUCUUUAAAUAUAUGAUGAUGUUUAUGAUUUUGUAAUCAACAGAUAGUGAUGAAACAAGGUUACACGGUGUUAAAUACUCAACCAAAGCGAGCUUGUAACCUGGGGGAUUGUUGAGAACUGUUCUCCAGACUGGUUCUUAUGAUGAGGUUAAAGUUGACUUCUGCAUUUUCAUUCAAUGUUUUGUACAUUUGUGUAUUUUUUUAAAGCCUUUGAUAAGGUGCUCGUAUCUCAAAAGCAAAAUCGAGUUGUACAAAAAUGCUUUGUCAAGCUGUUCUUCACGUUCUGGCUUAAUGUUCUAACAUGAUUAAUUGGGGUAUUUUCUCUUUUGUUCACCUGAGAUGUUUCAAACCCUUUUCAUUUCUGGUUUUCUUUCUGGCAAAUCCAUGAUUGAUUUGCUCACAUUAAGGCCUCCAGUCAUUGCUUUUGUGGACGUCUAUGUUGCGACCACCUUGGUGUUAUGAAAAAGAGGCAGGGUUUGAGAUGAGAGGUUUGAUUCUUAUCUGCUGAUUGAUUUAGAAUUGUUCAAGUACAAGACCUGGAUGGUUUCUUUCUGAAACGUCAAGUUCUCCUGGUUGCAUGCUGUCAAACUGUUUCAUUACUUAAUGUUAUGUUAAACUUCAGUGGCGUCUCUGAACAUGAGACCACCUGUAACAAUAUUGCUAAAAGGCUUGACUUCAGUUUGGUUCUCCGUGCAGGUCUUCUGCGAUGUGUAGCUCUAACAUCAACUCUGUAAUAAAUUAUUGACUGAUUGCUUUUCAUAGCUGGUGAAAAUAAACUGUUACACCAA